AGCCCCCACUAUCAGGUUUCAGAGGAUGAACAUCUGCGCAGACUCUCAUGCCUGGCGUCCUGGAGGAACCAGAUUCUAUCCGUUUUAAAGAGCAUGAUUUCUAGCUGAGGAGCCUCGGCCAGGGACACACACCAGAUGGCCAAGUGGAGGAACAAAUUUCUCCAGGAGUGAAUGACAGCAAUCACAUGAUCUACUGCAGCAGAUCAAGUUAACUCUUUUUCUGGUUCAUGAAGUCACCCUAACCUAUUUCCCUUUAAACCCAAGAGAUAAAGCUUAGCCCCACCUCCAUCAUCCCUCUCCUUCAGGAAGCAGCCAAUGAGAGAAUACAUUCCCCCCUCUUCCUUUUACUAGUCCUCAGGGUCAGAUAAAUGACCUUAAUGACCUAAAAUAGCAAACCUUAGACAAGUUGAAAAACCUCCAAUUCAGCAUAACAGAACACUUGCCUGAUAGAAAAGUCAAAGCAGUAAAGAGAACAUCCACAGGCAUCAUUCAUGAAGCUCUAGAGAACAUAUCCACCAAUAAAACUUCCUCCCAGAGUUCUCUCUUUUGCUCUAUAAAGCCCAAACACUUCACCAGGACACACAGUCUUUAUCCCCAGGAGAGACCCGAGUUCUUCAGUUGUUCUGAUCAGAGCAUUAUCUGUCGCUGUAGAUACUGCUCUACACUUUCUUUAUUUCCAGUUCUCCAUCAGUUCCAGUAAAACACCCUUUCCCAGCACAGAAAUGGCUGGUAGAGACAAGGAUCUACUGCUCUUAAACUUGGAGCAGCGACGGAAGAGAAAACGAAAGCGGGACCAGUGCAAGCUGCAGAGUCAAGCAUCCUCUGAGGGUUCUAUGGCCAUGGAUGAAGCCCAGUCCCAGAAGGCAAGAGGCCCAGAGGAGGCUCAGCAAAAGGGCCAACAGGUCUUGGACCCCAAGAGAAAGCAGAUGGAUCUGGAGCCACAGCAGACCAAAGCCCCAGCAGAGAAGGACUUAGUGAUAAGCUCAACCAUCAUGCCCUAUGUGGAUACCAAUACCCACCAGGGAUCCUCACAACUACUGAGUUCAGAACAUAAACGUCGGAGACCAAGUUGGACUUCAGAUUCUAUAUGUGUUCCAUGUGGAUCUGCUGACUCUGGAUACUGUAGUGACAGUGCAGUAAUGCCAUCCUCUGUGGGUUCUCCACGAAUAAGAUCAAGGUAUGGAUAUUGGAAACCAAUUAAGAAAUCAGACUAUAGGAGGCUGUUUGAUGAUACAAGGAAUUCUGAGGAGUCUGAAAUCAAAACCCAAGAAAAGGAGUCUCAUGAGGAGUGCAAGGAGGAGUACUCAAAACUGGCAUCCCUGGCUCCCUUCAAUCCAUAUUCUCCUGCCUCUUCAAGAGACAAGUGUGUGGAACUACUGGGGACUGAAGAUGACUUCUGGGGCCCUACAGGGCCUGUCGCUAUUGAGGUGAUUGACAGAGAGAGGAACCUGUACCGAGUCCAGUUCCCUGUGAAUGGUUCUUACCACUGUCCCAGCAUAGGACUCCACUUUGUGGUGACAAGGGCAGUGACCAUUGAGAUUGGAUUCUGUAGUUGGAGCCAACACCUGGACAAGAUGCCCUUGCAGGACAGUCACAUGGUGGCUGGGCCUCUGUUUGACAUCAAGGCUGAGCGGGGAGCUGUGGCUGCUGUGUACCUCCCUCACUUUGUGGAUCUCCAAGGCCAUUGAUGAUGAAGAAAUGAAGUUUCAGUUUGUUCGAAUAAACAAGCCACCCCCACUAGGUUAUCUUUACAUCGGGUCCCGCUACAUAGUGUCUGCGUCCAAGAAGCUGGAAAUCAUCCCUG